AUGGGGCAAAGGAUCAAGCGCUUUUACUUUGCUUUGUCCCCCGGGAUCCACCACAGGAUUGGAGCGAGAUGCAACUUUGCACCUAUUUUUAUCUAUUUAGUGAUCAGUCCGCUAGUUUCUUUGAUUCCACUCGGUGUUCCUUUUCCAUUUGCUUCCAAUAGUUCGACCUAUCCAGAAAAAUUGUCGGCCUACGAAUGUGGUUUCGAUCCCUCCGGUGAUGCCAGAAGUCGUUUCGAUAUACGAUUUUAUCCGGUUCCUAUUUUAUUUAUUAUCCCUGAUCCGGAAGUCACCUUUUCUUUUCCUUGGGCAGUACCUCCUAACAAGAUUGAUCUGUUUGGAUCUUGGUCCAUGAUGGCCUUUUUAUUGAUUUUGACGAUUGGAUCUCUCUAUGAAUGGAAAAGGGGUGCUUCGAUCGGGAGUAACCACUAGUGAAAGGGCUAAGGG